AGCCCCUUGCGGGGACUUGGCUGGCUUACCGGGCACUAUAGCAGACGCUGAAAGCUUAGGCAAGUUAUUCAAACCUGUGUCUAUCUGACUCACCCUUACGCUAAUGCGGUGCAAUACUGUACACUUAGAGCCGUUCUCGGCCCUCUUUAUACCUCUCAGAUUUUCUUCUCAGAGCAAGCUGGGACUCUGCCUCAGGAGUUCUGUCUCUUUACAUCAUGUCCGCCUUUACUAGACUUCCGUCAAAUAUUUGGAAUGUAUUUGGGACCAGCAAUUGGAGCGCUUCGGCCAACAUUGAACUUCCCCGAGCGGAGAACGAACCAUUGGUGUCUCCGGUGCUAGACGAAAGUACGCCCGGAAGAUGCGAGCUUCGAAUAGAGGGCAUGACUUGUGGCGCAUGUGUCGAGUCGAUAGAGGGGAUGCUUCGUUCUCAGCCGGGCAUUUAUUCGGUCAAGGUUGCGCUUCUAGCUGAGCGCGGGGUGGUUGAAUACGAUCCCUCCGUGUGGACUUAUGAGAAAGUCAUGAAUGAAAUAUCUGAUAUAGGGUUUGACGCUUCACUUAUUCCUGUGGCGCGAACCGAUGUUAUCACGCUCCGAGUAUACGGCAUGACAUGCUCAUCGUGCGUGAAUUCGGUGGAAAAUGGCCUGCGUGAAAUGCCAGGCGUUAAGAGCGUUGCGGUCUCGCUGGCAACCGAGACAGCUAAGAUUGACUUCGAACCUGGUUUGGUCGGCCCGCGAGAGCUUGUAGAGCGUGUGGAAGAAAUGGGCUUCGACGCAAUUCUUUCUGAUCAUGACGAUGCGACACAGAAGCGCUCGCUUGCUCGAACACGAGAAAUACAAGAAUGGUGGAAUCGCUUCAAGUGGAGUGCUUCUUUCGCAGUCCCGGUUUUCUUUCUCAGCAUGGUUGCUCCUCAUAUAUCCUUUCUGCGACCGAUCACUGGUCUUCAGCUUUUAAACGGAAUCUACCUGAGCGACAUCAUCAUCCUUUGCCUUACCACGCCCGCUCAAUUCUGGGUCGGGCAGAAAUUCUACCGAACCGCGUACAAGGCAAUCAAGCAUGGCAGCGCCACCAUGGACGUGCUCGUGAUGCUUGGAACAUUGGCUGCAUAUUUCUACUCGAUUCUCUCGCUCAUCUCCGCUGCGUUUAACACCACACCGGGAUUUCGCCCCUACUUUUUCUUCGACACGAGUACGAUGCUCAUCAUGUUCGUCUCUCUCGGGCGCUGGCUGGAGAACCGUGCCAAAGGCAAGACGAGUGCGGCUCUCACGGAUCUGAUAGCUCUUUCCCCUUCUAUGGCCACCAUUUACACGGACGUUCCCGCUUGCACUCAGGAAAAACGUAUACCCACAGAGCUCGUUCAAGUUGGAGAUAUAGUCAAGCUCGUUCCUGGUGACCGGAUACCCGCCGAUGGGACGGUUGUGAAAGGACACUCCACUGUGGAUGAGAGUGCUGUAACCGGAGAGCCUGUUCCAGCAGUGAAGCAACUUGGGGAUGCGGUUAUUGGUGGUACUGUGAACGGCCUCGGGACAUUUGAUAUGGUUGUCGUGCGUGCAGGCAAAGACUCGGCGCUAUCCCAGAUCGUCAAACUCGUCGAGGACGCGCAAACUUCGAAAGCCCCAAUACAGGCAUUUGCCGAUCGUGUCGCGGGCGUGUUUGUUCCGAUCGUCAUAACCCUUGCCCUCGUCACAUUCCUUGCUUGGAUAGUAUUGGCGAACAUCCUCAGCGAUGAUGCAUUGCCAACCAUCUUCCAUCGCCAUGGGGCAAGCCAUUUUGCUGUCUGUGUACAAAUCUGCAUCUCGGUCGUAGUCGUCGCUUGCCCAUGUGCGUUAGGACUGAGUACCCCCACUGCCAUCAUGGUUGGGACUGGUGUCGGUGCCAUGAACGGAAUUCUCAUUAAAGGCGGAGCAGCACUGGAGGCAAGUCGGUCCAUCAAGCACAUUGUCCUUGACAAGACGGGCACCGUGACGGACGGCAAGCUAACGGUUACGGGAAUGGCCUGGACGACUCCCUACAACGAGCCAGAAUCCCUUUACGAAGAGGAUGGCCCUCAAUCGCUCUCGGUCAAAUGCGCAGAUGGAUUCACAACACAUGCGGCUGUCGUAGCGAUGGUCUCAGCAACGGAAGCGCGAUCAGAGCAUCCUUUAGCGAAGGCAAUUGCUGCCCAUGGCAAGGAGCUCUUGAGUCGUUCCGGUGCUGUGAUACCGGAAGUAAAUGUGGAGUCGUUCGAGAGUGUGACUGGCGCGGGCGUCAGGGCCACCCUGGAUUCAUCUGGAACGAAAUAUACCAUUCUCGUUGGCAACGCAAACUUCGUGACGAAUUCUGAUGCAACUCGUCUUCCGUCUGUUCUUUCCAAAUAUGAAGCUCAAGAAAGCGAACUCGCGCGCACGGUGAUCUACGUGUCUAUUGCACGAGGGCCUGCGGCAUCCAUGAUUGUACUCGCAGUAUCGCUGUCCGAUGUCCCAAAACCCUCGUCCGCCCAGGCCAUCAAGGCACUUCGGGACAUGGGAAUCAGUGUCAGUAUCAUGACUGGCGACAGCAUAAAGACGGCGGUUGCUGUUGCAAAACAAGUGGGGGUCAAUCCCGAGUCUGUAUGGGCAAACAUGAGUCCAAAGGGCAAGGCUUCCCUGGUAACCGAACUCAUGAAGAAAGGCGAAGGCGGUGUCGCGAUGGUCGGGGAUGGGAUCAACGAUUCUCCUGCUUUGGUCGCUGCAACUGUCGGCAUUGCGCUUUCGUCGGGUACUUCCGUUGCCAUAGAGGCAGCCGACAUAGUCCUCAUUCGAUCUGAUCUUCUUGACGUUGUGGCCGCGCUCCACCUUUCUCGGAGUAUCUUCGCCACGAUUCGACGAAAUCUCAUCUGGGCAUGCAUCUACAACGUCCUUGGGAUCCCACUGGCAAUGGGUUUGUUCCUUCCAUUUGGCUUAUACCUGCACCCGAUGAUAGCAGGCGCGGCGAUGGCAUUUUCAUCCGUGAGUGUCGUUACGAGUUCCUUGUUAUUGAGGUGGUGGGUACGUCCGGAGUCCAGUGUCAUGCCUGGGAUGAAAGCAUGGAAACCAACAACCAUUGGGAGUGUGGCAGGUCAAGUCUGGGGUUCUUUCAUUGCAUUGAUCCAUCAUAGAUCAAUGGUUGGGUAUACUCCAUUACCUGUAGAGAUGAGUGAAUCUGUGUAAGCAUAUUAUAGCUUUGCCAUAACAUGUAAUAUUGUACUUAGUAGCACAAUGUAACAGCUGGAUGCUUAAUUGACUUCAACAUUGAAAAUACUGGACACAGAGACAUAAUAAAGCUACUAAUAAGCACUACAAAAAAAAACAAGUACAAUAAUGCAACCAGCAACUAUUGGAACCCUACAGAAAGUCAAAGCCUACUCUGCAUUCCCAUUUGCUGAACCCCAUGCCCUACCAAAUGGUAGGAUAGUAGUAGCACAACAAAAAGAAAGCAAAAGCUAGGGAGAUCCCCUGACGACACAAG